AUGGCAAUGGCCAGAACAUCUGCCUUCUUUCUCAACGCUACUUCUUUCCCCCCUUCAGACCCACUGAAGCAUCCAAAAACCUUUCAUACACACAUUCUUUUCAACUCCCAGUAUCACAAACACAAAAGAAUCCACUCCUUGCUAGCAUUGGCUUCAUGCAUAGCCUCCCGGAUCAAUGUGGAUUACUUGAAGAAAGAAUUUGGUGGUCACGGAGUCAGCUUUGAAGGUAUUGGUGAUAGUUGUGUCAUCAAGAUGGCAAUGGACAAUGGUAGUGUUGCCAACGUGGUGCUGCCAAGUGGCCUAAUAACAUCAUACAAGCCGCUUAUGUGGCAUGGAGCCACCAUGGAAGUGCUGCAAACUGCUGUGUCAAAAGGGCAACAUGGUGAAGCUGUUAUCCGAGGAGGGGUGUCUUCGGAUUUCAAGCUUGUGAAUGAUGGUGGAAUUCCAUGGUCCCCAAGCGCUUGGUCUCUUCAAAAUGUUAGAGGAAGUCCUGAAGAGUCUAUUCAGGUGGAGCUUGUAUCCAUUGCUCCAGAAAAAAUGAUUGAAGUCAAAUGCUUGGUGACACUACAUCAAGAUCUCCUAGGCUCAGAGUUUACCAUCAACAAUACUAAAUCAUCAUCUAUCCAAUUGUCAGGCUCUGUUAUAAGCCAUCUCAAAGUAAGCACACCUGAUGCAACUUAUGCUGUGGGGCUGCAAGGUUCAAAUUACCGUAGCAAACAGCCAAUAAUGUCAGAGUUCAGCAUUGUUCUUCCAGACACCAGCAGAAAAGGAACCUCAAAUUCAGGCCAAUCAUUACCUCAGAAAGCACUUCAAUCAUUGUUCUCUAGGCAGGAAAUUGAAAAUGAGAAUGAAGGGUUCAAAAUAGAAGAAUCAGAGGGAGAAGAAGAUGAUGAUUAUGCACAUAUGACAGAGAGAAUGAGCAGGAUUUACUCCAAUGCACCUAGAGAGUUCACAAUUAUUGAUAGGGGAAGACGAAAUUCCGUUGUAAUUCGAAAGAGCGGGUUUGACGAGUUUUAUGUCUUCAGCCCUGGAUCAAAAUAUGAAUGGUAUGGCAAAUAUGCAUAUGUCUGCAUUGGCUCAUCUACCACAUUGACACCUCUAGUUUUGAGUCCUGGAGGCACAUGGAGGGGAGCUCAGUACUUGUAUAAUCCAAACCUCUAAAUCAUGCUAAUCAAUAAAGAUUGCAAGGGACCUUCUUCUAUCAUUUUGAACAAGGUUUCUGCUACUUUGAAAAUUUGUGUGCUGUCAUUUGAAAGGCUGCUUAUA